CCCGCACUCUUCCGGGUCGUGGAGGCUCGUCGCACCUCGCGCCCUCUGCGCGCUCUAGUCGCAGCCGAGGAGCGAUGGUGCUCGGAGCGCACAGAGGAGACCGCGGCGGUGUUUCGGGACGAGAUGCCGGGGAGCAUGACGAGCAAAGAGGACGCCCCGGGCCGCAGCGCGUCUUCUCUCACCUUCACCAUCGACAACAUCCUGAACCUGAAGCAGCGGGACAGCGGGGACACGGAGGGGACGCGUGGACAGCAGAGGGACCGUGGAUGUAAGGAUGCUUUACAGGCGCGCUACGAGGAGGUGUGGGACGUCCGGACGACAGACGAGACAGAGCCCAGAGCGCACAGCGCGGACACGCCGUCGCCGCCCGCCAGCUCCUGUCCCGGGGCGCACGGGGCGCACACAGCCGGGGAGCAGCAGCAGCAGCAGCAGCAGCAGCAGCAGUCCUCCGCGGACUCUAAAGCCAUGGUGAAGAAGAAAACGCGCACCAUCUUCUCCAAGAGACAGAUCUUCCAGCUGGAGGCCACCUUUGACAUGAAGAGGUACCUGAGCAGCUCGGAGAGAGCGUGCCUCGCCAGCUCGCUGCAGCUCACAGAGACCCAGGUCAAGAUCUGGUUCCAGAACCGCCGCAACAAGCUCAAGAGACAGCUGUCCACGGACACGGAGGGCCCGCUGGGCGCCGAGCAGCUCUUAGAGGCGGGAAAAAACGUGCAAUUACCGACUUUUUACAAAGACAGCAGCCUGCUCGGCGGAUGUUUGUUGCCCAUGCCUUUCCCCGUCACCGUGUACCCGACCGCCACCGCUGCGCCUUACAUCUACUUCUCCAACACUGGCAAAUACUUCGGCCUGUUCGAUGCAGACUGAUGCUGCUCUCUGUGGGGACACAGGACAUUGUGAGGACCGUGUGAAGACAUUGUGAGGACACACAGUCUUCUCUGUUCUGGCGCUAGGCCUGUCACUUUUUUUUUUCUUUUUUAAAUCAUAAAAAAAAUCUCCCAACUUUGAUGUCAACAUAUCAACUAAUCCAAGACAUGCAUGUGCCACUUUUUGUCCUUAUUAUUAUUAUUAUUAUUAUUAAGGAUAUUUUGAAUAGAAAGUUUAUCGUCAGAAAAGA